GUUUGCCCGGUGUGGAUGUGUCAGAUAUGGCUGCCGUCGGGAUACCGAGCCCACGUGGCGGGAGAGUCGGGAGAGUCGCUAGCGGCGCCAGAAGUGGUGGGGUAUUGGAGAAAAGAGUGACAGGCGGAGGAAGACGAGGAAGAGGAGUGGGAGGGGGAGGAGGAGGAGGAGGAGGAGGGGGAGGAGGAGGAGGAGGAGAAGGAGGUGUCACGAGCCCUCGAGGACAGAGCCGGUCGAGCGCUGAUCCCGAGGGGGAGGAGGAGAUUCGAGCACCUCCUCCACGUGGCGAUGAGGUGGAGGAUGCUGAAGCGACGGUAGGAAAGAAGGAGGGAGCUAAGGCGGACGAAGGGGAGGGAGUCGGGGGUGGUAAGGGUGAAGCGGCGCAUUGUUCCCCUUCCCCUCGUCCGCCUAACUGGGAGAAGGAGGGGGGGGAUCAAGGGGGAGGGAGACCAGGAAGCCCUGAAUGUCAUACGUUUUGCUCGCCAGCGGCCUUUGCCUCACGCAGAUUUGGGCCGGAGCAGACUUCUUCUGCGCAGACAAAUGCAUCGCAAGAAGCAGCAGCCGAGUCGCAGACCCCGCCAGAGGUUGGUAAUGGGGCUUACCCUGCAAAUGCAGAGAGCCAAAAGGCAUCGGCUCCGUCUUCAUCGGGUGCGAAGGGACCAGGUCCAGAGGCUGAUGAGACGCCACAGGAGCACAGAAGGGACCAGGUGCAGAGGCUUGGACAAAUGCUUGGCAAAAGAGCAAGAAGCAGAGGGGGGGGGAGGUAUAUGGAGUCCGUGGCCGCAAAAGAGAGACCAACCACGAAUUCCUCCUGGGAAGAAGGAACCGAUGGAAGUCCAGGGACGACGGCAGUGCGAAGGUCUGAUCGUGGUCAUCAAGAGCCAGAGAAUGACAGUGAUUGGCUUGGAAGGAGGCGAAGGCUAGAGAGAGCCCAUGGCAGACUGCAGGAAGCUGCUCUUCAGUCACAUUUGCUGCCACCCACUGGAUCGCUAAGCAAACUGCCCCUUGAAGGGGGUGCCAAUACCCUUGGUUUGAUGGCAUCUGACAGCUUUCCCAGCGAUCCCGAUUUUCCAAUGCCAGGUAUGAGGAGGAGAAACAGACCUUUCACUCCUCAAGAAGAGGACAAGCUCAGGAUGGGAUGGAGGGAUGGAUGGCGAGAUGUGAUGGAAGAAGGAGGAAGAAGGAAGAGGAAGAAGAAGGAGGAAGAAGAUGGAGGAAGAAGGAGGAGGAGGAAGAAGGAGGAAGAAGAAGAAGGAAGAAGAAGGAGGAAGGAGGAGGAAGAAGAAGGAGAAGGAGGAGGAAGAAGGGAUGGAUGGCAAGAUGGGAUGGUGGGAUGGAUGGCGAGAUGGAAUGGUGGGAUGGAUGGCGAGAUGGGAUGGUGGGAUGGAUGGCGAGAUGUGACGGAAGAAGGAGGAAGAACGAGGAGGAAGAAGGGGGAGGAAGAAGAAGGAGGAAGAAGGAGGAGGAGGAAGAAGAAGAAGAAGAAGAAGAAGAAGAAGAAGAAGAAGAAGAAGAAGAAGAAGAAGAAGAAGAAGAGGAGGAGCGGAGGAGGGGGAGGAGGACGUCCUUUUUUUUUUUUUUUUUCGUUCGCCGUUCGCGACAACUGCCUAAGGUCACCGAAGAUGUGCCCUGCCCCAAACAGCCAGAAGGCCGAAGAAGAUAAAGAUCGCUGUUAACUGCCAAAGGUUGACUGAUGCAACAAGAAGAAGAAGAAGAAGAAGAAGAAGAAGAAGAAGAAGAGCGGAGGAGGGGGAGGAGGACGACCUUUUUUUUUUUUUUUUUUUCGUUCGCCGUUCUCGACAACUGCCUAAGGUCGCCGAAGAUGUGCCCUGCCCCAAACAGCCAAAAGGCCGAAGAAGAUAAAGAUCGCCGUUAACU